UCUGUUUUGUUUCACUGCCAUUCUAGUUAAUGAGACACUUUGUAAGAUUCCUCAGCAUUCGGGGUGCUUUUGCAACAUGUAGGUAAAAAAUACCCACUGUGUGUCAGUGUACCAAACGCUGCCUUCCUUUUGUAGCUGCAGGUGAGCCGAAGCACCAUGUUUCCCCGCACGUUUCCAGUUUCCCGGUCAUGCAAAUUCCAGCUAAUCCUCACUGGAGGUGCAGGAGGCAAAGCUGCUUGCUGCCUCGCUCCUGUUGGGGGGGGAUUGGAAAGAGGAUCAUGGGCGGGCGUGGGGACGUGAGGGCUGUGCCCUCGCUGGGCAGCCACAGCAGCAGCAGCAGCCCCUCCUGCUGCACUUUGAACCCCAGGAGGGCGACAUGGCCGAGCCGCUCGGCUCUUGGCCCAGCCGUGACGGUUGAGCCGGGACGGGGCUGGGCUCCACGGCCGUGCCGUGCGUGGGGCAGAGGGCGGUUGGGUGCUCUGGGGGCAGGAUGAGGCUCCUGCUCCACGCUGGCUGCGGUGAGCUGCUGGCCCGGGCAGCCCGGCUCGCUGCUCGACGGCUGCUCACAUCCUCUGCGGCGGCGGCCGCCCCGUGCCAUGGCCGAGCCGGUCCCUGCCUGCCACCCACGGCUCCGUGCAGCGGGGUCCCUCGCCGCUGGAGCUCGAGCUUCAACGUGCCCCCCAGCGCCGAGUUCGUGGCCCGGCCUGUGGGGGUCUGCUCCAUGCUGAGGCUUCCCGUCCGGGCCUCGGCAGAGGGGCUGGAUGCAGCUUUCGUCGGCGUCCCCCUGGACACGGGCACGUCCAACCGGCCGGGAGCCAGGUUCGGUCCGCGCCAGAUCCGGGCCGAGUCGGCGAUGGUGAGGAGGUACAACGCCAGCACCGGGGCGGCGCCUUUCGACUCCCUCCUGGUGGCUGACAUCGGAGACGUGAACGUGAACCUCUACAACCUGCCCGCCAGCUGCCGCCUCAUCCGCGAGGCCUACCAGAAGAUCGUGGCCUCCGGCUGCGUGCCCCUCACCUUGGGCGGAGAUCACACCAUCACGUACCCGAUCCUGCAGGCCGUGGCAGAAAAACACGGCCCCGUGGGGCUGGUGCACGUGGAUGCUCACACCGACACUGGCGACAGGGCCCUGGGGGAGAAGAUCUACCACGGGACCCCGUUCCGGCGCUGCGUGGACGAAGGGCUGCUGGACUGCAGCCGCGUGGCUCAGAUCGGCAUCCGGGGCUCCUCCUAUGCCCCCGACCCUUACAAAUACUGCCGGGACCAGGGUUUCCGGGUGGUGCUGGCCGAGGACUGCUGGCUCAAGUCCCUGGUGCCGCUGAUGGCAGAGGUGAGGCAGCAGAUGGGGGACGAGCCGGUCUACAUCAGCUUCGAUAUCGACGGGCUGGACCCCGCCUACGCCCCGGGAACUGGGACGCCGGAGAUAGCCGGGCUCACGCCCGCACAGGCUUUGGAGAUCAUUCGUGGCUGCAAGGGGCUGAAUAUAGUGGGAUGCGACCUUGUUGAAGUUGCACCGAUGUACGAUGUCUCCGGUAACACAGCCCUCUUAGGGGCCAAUCUGCUGUUUGAAAUGUUGUGCGUCCUUCCCAGAGUGAAAACAAUGUGAGGGCAGCUCCUGCCCGGCCCAGGACCCCUCUGCAGGUCGUAAAGGUAAAGCAGCACCACCAGAGACACCGUGACAGACCUCAGUCCUUCAGUGUCCUGCUCUCUCCCCCACUUGCAGCAAACGCGUGCUUUUCGGUACGGAAUAAAUGCCGUUUCCUGCUAGAAGAGGUAAUUGCAAGCUCAUAAAGUGCGGAUGGGUUUUGAACAGCGCAUUUACUGCUGUCUGUAGGAUCUGAGUUUGCUCGGGAAGGAAAAAGACGAGGCUAAUGGCACCACCACUGCAGGGGGAACGACUCACCUGGCAGCUCUGCUCCUACAGGACCAUUACAAACCUGUCACUGGUAAAAGGUUUUUCCCAGUAAGAGAGAGAAGCAGGACAGCUAACGUAGAGCUUUAGAGGGUGGCUGAGCGAGCGGCACCUGUGGCUCAUUCUGACAGCAGAGGGCUAUUUGCCUCAACAUAGCAGCCUGCCUUCCUGAUGGGGGGAUACCUGAGCUUCCUUUGGCUGACUGCUGGAAUUCCAGGAGCGGUUUAAUCCCCCCUGGGGCUUUUCUGAGCUGGCGUGGACACGAGGUCGGAUUGCACACGGAAGCAGAGAGCCACCUCAUCACACAUUAAAAUAGUUUAUUUUGGUUGCGAAUCUGUAAUCGUCUUAAAACAAAAUGACAUCAGUGCCUGGUCACAAAUAC